AUGGGCGGUCAAGCACUGAAAGCUGCAUUUGCGAGUAGAUUCCCUCAAGGAGAAUCACGUUCUCAAGAUGAGCUUUUUCGAGUACUAGUUGCAAUGAGGAGGCUGAAAACCUGGGGGCUGCUCUCGUGGGCUUCGGGCUGUCACCAUCCUGGAGGGGCUGGUAAAGGACCCUCCACCCGGACCAAGAGAAUGCCAGCGCCCAUUAAUCCUUUCGCGAACCUUCCACACUCUCAUCCCUGCGGCUCAAUAAAACAUCCACUGACUUAUUCGCCUGGGUGGAAAAUGCAUGUGGCAGGCGUGGUGCCCCUUGCUGUCUCGAUCGAAGCAAGACCCCAAAAUAUGGUAGGUCAGCGAGCGAAGAGUCGAAACACCACCCUAGCCAUGUCCUUGUCUGCAAAUGCUCCGUCUGCUCAAGAGGAUGAGCUACGAUGCAGAGGAGAGCGCUUUCAGUCAGGCCUCUAUCUCGUCACCAGCAUCAUCUCUGCGCCCCCUUCGACAGGCAUGAGCGUCAGGUGUAAGUCCUUAGAGAAGGGGAACCAGGGUCCUGAAGCUGAGCUCCAUGAGACGCCAAAUGAUGCUACGGCAGUAGCCCAAUCCUACAAUCCCAGCCCGCAGGUGUCACAGAAGGGCAAUGCAAACUGUGGUGAGCACAAAGCUCCCAGGGAAUUUACGGAAACAGCCUCUUUGCUCCGGUUUCUUAUAACCACAACCGAAUGGGGCGUGCAUGGUGUGCUACACGGUGAGGUCACGGCGCACUCAAGGAGAAAUUCUGAGGGCAGAUUUCCAAGUCAAGUUUCGGGUGGGAAAAUAGGGGCCAGGGAGAGAUCAUCUCUUGCUCAAUUUCUUUCGUCGGAGAAGCCUCAGAUGUUGGACGCUAGCACGAUUGUGCGGUUUGGAACUAGGUGGCGGAGCUGUGAAAGACCCCCGCAGGGGCUAUCUGUGGGCGGGUCCCUCGGCUCGAAAAGCUUCGAAAAAUCUGCCCGCAUCGUUCGAAUAGUGCGCUAUGCCUGUUGGAAGAUCUCGAUUGGCUCGGAAGAGGAGCAAGUUUCCGCGUUCAUCAACUCAUCUCUCCCCGCUUGCUCCGGCCGACCAACAGGAUCGCCAUCGUGGGUGGUGGCAUUUGAAGAUAACAUCUUGGUUCUUGAGGCCUCAUCCAUGAUUCACUCGUCCGCAGCCACUGAUGAGGGAGAGUGGACGGAGGGUAACGCUUCAUUCGAAUUGUGUGAAGCGCUGUGCAUCAUGUCUGCACAAGAGGCGGUAAACAGGCGAUGGCUGCAGCUGGUGAACGCCUCUCGCGAGCGGUGUAAGCCGCAAGAUGAUGCGGCGAGCUGUACAGGGGGGGAGAGCCAUGGGGCUUCAUACAUCGCCGGAAGUGAUACUUAACGGCUCACGUAAAUAGCAGCGUAAAAUACGAUUCGGCGUCUCUGCCUAUGAUUCACGUGCUCCGGGCCGGCGGCACGGAUCUACCUUAAUCCUCCUUUUUGAACGUCCUACCAUUUUAUUAGCUACUUGAGAUUCUGAUGGAAGCACUCCACACAAGAACAACAACAUUUCUGAUCUCGACUUAGCCUGUGGAAACCUUCUAGCUCUAUUCUCGCCCUGUCGG